AUGAAUCUUAAUUUGUGUUACACCACUGAUGGAUUAUUACAAUUUUUAGCGCCCGACAACAAAAACCAGACAAAGGUGGAAAUAUUAUAUAAUUUGAUGGAUAAUAGCAACAGGGGUCAAAAGAAAUGCAGAAGUGGUGGUAGGGGUGCUCAAAGAAGACGACGCAUGGCUCGAAAAAUGAAAUUGAGUCAACAAAAUAAUAUGCUUGAAAAGAAGCUUCAUCUCAUAAACGAGUUAGCUAGUGAGGAAUCUUUCAAGAAUUCUCUGAUCUUGGCAACGGUUUUCCAGUAUUUUCAUUACGACGUGAAAAAAGAUCUUAAAAGCUUAAAUUGCAACGAAUUUAAGCUUUUUGUCGUUCAAACUGGAAUCAAAGAUAGAUCUUUGGUGAAUGAAGUCUUACGAAUGCUUCAAGACGACGACACUCUUCAGUCAUCUGAAGAAAAUUCAUAUCAGAUAGAGUUAUUUAACGACUUUGAUUUGGCAGUUUUGGGUUCUUCGUCUGAUUCUUACUCAACUUACACUCAAAACUUGCAAAAAGAAUAUGCCACGGAAUCUUAUAAAAAAGAUAGACUGAAAAUGUUAAAAACGCUUCUUAUGAUACCGAAUAUCUAUUCAACUCCAAGGCUGCGUGAAAGAUUUGAAGAUGCAAGUUCUCCUUCACUUAGAAGCCCUAAAAUAAUAUCUCGUGGUCUCAAGAAAACAUUGAAGCGAUUAAAGCAAAAGUUUCCUGGACGAAGAUCUUAUUCAACACCAAAUCCUCUAACAUUGACAUCAGCAAACCUUUUUCAAACAUCCGACCAAGGCCCAUCAAAUGUGGGAGGGCGCAGAACUAAUCUGGCUAAUAUCUCAGUGGUGAGAAAUUUACAAACCAGAUUGUCAACAGUCUCGACGGUUCCGAGUGAAGAAUUGAUUUGGAUUCGUGACGAAUCUAAAAACCAGUUUAGUGAAAAUGCAGUUGUAACAUCCAACGAAACGAUCAAAAGUCUGCCAAUGGAUUAUGAAGUUGAAGAAGGUGAAAUCAUAGACAAUGAUGGAGUCGAAAAUCUUUUACAGGAAAGUUUAGUGGCUGUGAGAGAAUCCCAGAAAAUAAAUGAAGCAACAUCAUCGUCAACUUCCUUUGGAUUCUAUGAAGAUAGAAAAGCUGGGAGCUCUGGAAAGGUUCCAGUUUAUGAAACUUUCGGGACUUCUACUAAUUUGAAUGAAAGUGCAAAAUCUGACGAUGUGAUAUUUGUUGGAGAUGUCAUUGAAGAAACUCCAAAGGAAGAUGAUUCGGUUAUAUUUGUUAGUGAAGAAAAGCGAUUUAAUGAACCAAAAUCAGAGUCCAGAGGAAAGGAUAGGAAGAAGAAAAGAUUAUUGAAGUGGAAAGAAAAGAAAGACAAAGAAUUUGAAGCUUUAAAUGGCCCACAAAAAAACGGAAGAUCGAAAUCCAAGCAACAGAAGUCGCCAAUAAAAGCUCCAAUUCCAAAACUAGAACAGCCAACAACUUCAAAUGAAGGAUUUCAAGUAAAAGCAAUCGUUCCAGAAUUUCGUGUUCGAUUUGGUAAAUCGUCAAACUAUGAAAUCAUGAAAUAUCUUCAUGAACAUGGAAAGCUCCAAUGUACGGCUUCGAGAGCUUACGACGACCGAGUGCUACUGGAAGCAGCGGCGAAACUUGACGCAGCAAUCGUUUCAAACGACUAUUAUCGCGACUUGGUAGACGAGAAACCAGAAUACCUGAAAAUCAUUAAAACUCGAUUGAUUCGAUAUAAUUGGCUGUUUAAGGAAUUAUUCAUCACAGAAGAUCCCUACGGUAGAGGCGGUCCAUUACUCAAAGAUAUUUUAUACAAAAAUUCAUAAUUUUCUAUUUUUUUUUAAAUUUAUUUAAAUCUUUUUUCCAUUUUCUUAAAUAUUUUUCUAUACUUAAAUUGCUAAUCAAGAAAUGUUGAAUGAGUUCCCUUUUCAAGGGAAAUUCAAAAUUAAAAUCAGUGAUCUCAUGACACGCGAAAUAUGUUAUCUAAAUUUCUAUCUGUUAUAAAAUUUAAAUAAACAUCAGAAGAA